AUGACACCUAAACCCACAAGAUACCACCCCAACAUCAUCAUCACAGGAACACCUGGUUGUGGUAAAACCAGCCUAUCCAGAAACCUCUUGCAAACGCUUCCGAAAUCCGACUACAAGCACUACAAUAUCAGCGAGCUCGCUAAAGAGAGAGAUUGUAUUGAAAGUUAUGACAAAGAGCGUGAUACUGGCGUUGUAGACGAAGACAAGCUACUAGAUGGAUUGGAAAACGACUUGAGAGAUGGUGGUGCUAUUGUGGACUGGCACUGCUGUGAUAUCUUCCCCAAAAGAUUGAUCGACCUCGUAGUAGUUCUCAGAACAGAAACGGCACUUUUGUAUGACCGAUUGAAGGAGAGAAAGUACAGCGAUAAAAAAAUCGAAGAAAACAUGGAUUGUGAGAUCAUGGAGGUGAUUUUGAACGACGCCAACCAGGCCUACAACGAAGAGAUUGUGAUCACGUUGAACUCCAACAAUGACGACGACAUGAAGGAGAACCAGGCGAGAAUCGAGGCGUGGAUUGAAAUGUGGAGAAAAGACCACGAAGAGGGAGUCACGAAUGAGAUCAGCGAGUACUACAACGACAGUGAGCAGGAGCAGCUGUCUGAGGAUGGUGAAGAUGGAAGUGAAGGUGAGGAUGAUGAUUCUAGUGAAGAGGAAGGGGAAGAGGAAGAGGAGGAAGAAGAAGAGGAAGAAGAAGAGGAAGAAGAGGAGGAAGACGAGGAAGAACCAGCGAAAAAGAAAAAGAAGGUAUAG